AUGCACUUCUCACUCUCCCUCCUUCUUCUCCCAGCCAUCGCCUUCUGCUCGCCGGUCCCACAAGUCCUGCCCACAGCGCAGGAUGUGACCCAGUCGGUAAUCAACAUUCACAACGCCGUUCUCGAGCUCGAUGCCACGGUACAAGCCUUCCAAGGCGGCUCUUUCGAGACAGCCAUCGUCGAAGGCAAAGAGGUACUCGCUGGCGUAGCAAAGAUCCACACUGUGAACCGUCAAGGUUUCCGACGUGCGACUCUUGCUCUGCCACCAUUUAGCGUGGAGGAUACCGUCAAGUUCAUCGAUACGGUAGUAGCGACUGUAAACGUCAGCAUCCCGGACUCUACGAAGCAUCUUCGUGAGAAAGAGCCCGUAUUCAAGGCAAACGGCUUCUCGGCUGUUGUCAUUGCCAGUCUGGCGCUGUUGGAGUUCGACCACGAUACUUUCAGUGCGGUGGCGGCGAAGAAUUUCAACCUUGCUACCAACAAAGCGAAGUUGGCUGAGGGCGUUGGGGCGGCGGCGAACAUCCAUAAGGUUAUUCAAGAUACCAUCGUGUUCUACACUGUAUCAACAGUAGUAUAG